UCAUUCAAAAGAAAUGGAUCCACAGGGGUGUCACUUGCUGUGAUAAACAAGGAACUGGGUAACACAACUGUUAUUGACAGCAUCAUCCCCACCAGAACUCCACAAGAAGAAAGACUGUUGGAUGAGAUUUUGGAAGAUGAAGACGACGUUGAUCAAUCCGAUAUAGCUGUGGACAGUUGGGAGAAGUGUCUGGAUGCAGGUGAAAAGAUAUUUUUUAAAGACAUGUUCGACGAAGAUGUAACUGGGCGUUCAAAACAGCCAGAACCGAUUGAAGAUGCAGCAGGGGAUGGAGUACAGAUAGGUGAGCAGUCGGUUCAAGUGGGAGAUGUUAUGACGUUGGUGACGUUGGUGAAAAAGACAAUGAAACUGUUGAAGACAGUUGACAAGAAGGUGGACCAGUUGGAUGGGAGACUGGACCAGUUGGAUGGGAGAUUGGCCCCUAUUGAGGAGUUUGUCAAGGAAGCACAAGGCAAAGAAGCAGAGGUAGAUGAAGCAGAAGCACAAGGGAAAGGUAAAAGCCAGAAACGCAAGAGGUCUGUGGGUAAAGGCAAGAAGUGA